UAGUGACGUCUGCUCGUGAAUCAAUUGUUUCGUCUGCUAUAAGUUGUGCUGUAAAAGGAGUUUGUGCAAUAUUUUCAGAAUUCUGGAAUAAAAACCUGACUCUCUGCUGAAAGUUCAACGUUUUAGUUGAAAUUUAGAAACUUCCUUUGAAUACAGGCUGUACUUAAAAUUCGAAUACAGAACUUUUUCUUUUAAAACACUUUUAUUUGGAACCUCCAUAGAUAUUCUUGCCAGAUAUCAAAAGUGCUAAUUAACUGCUAAUAGAGUUUUAAGGGUGUAAAUUAUCAAAUUAUUUAAAGAAAAUGGAUGCGUUAUUUAUAUAUGUCUCCAACAAGCUAGAGGAAAUUAAAUAUGGACCUCAAGAUGGGAAAAGUAAAUUAAUUAAUCUUAAAGAAAUGAAAAGUUUUGCGUUCUGGAGAGCCGUUAUCGCCGAGUUCCUUGCCACUAUGUUAUUCGUCUUUUUGGGAGUUGCAUCAACCUUAGGUGGGAGCGGUGAAGCUAAAGAAGUUAAGAUUGGUUUGACGUUUGGUCUGGCUAUCAUGGCGAUGAUACAAGUGACCGGUCACGUGUCUGGUGCCCACAUCAACCCGGCUGUUACCAUAGCCAUGACUGUUGCAAUGAAGAUCAGUAUAAUGAAGGCUAUAUUAUACAUUGUAGCACAGUGCGCAGGUGGAGUUAUCGGCGCAUAUAUACUUAGAGGAUGUGUAGAUACAGUAUUCCACAGUAACCUCGGUGUAACCAAUAUAUCUAGUGUUGUAACACCUGCACAAGGUUUUGGUAUAGAACUACUCUUGACGUUUAUUCUGGUUAGUGUGAUAUUCGGGACUACAGACGGAAACAGACCUGCCUUUGGUAGUCCAGCUCUUCUUAUUGGUUUAACGGUUGCAUUGGGCCAUUUCUCGUGUAUUAAAUUAACCGGAAGUAGUAUGAAUCCAGCUCGAAGUUUAGGAUCAGCUGUAGCCUCAGAUUCCUUUGAAAAUCAUUGGAUAUAUUGGGUAGGACCAAUAGUGGGUGGUGUGUUAGCGGCUGUCGUAUACGUGCUUAUACUCAACCCAUAUAGAGGUGUUAAAUCUACAGAAGAAGCUUUACAGGAUAUGAUUCAAGAUGAAAACUUCAUUGUGAUACCACGUGACUAUUUUAAAGAUGGCAAGAUGAAACAGGCCCAGAACAUUUCAUCACACCUGUAAAUGGGGUUAUAAUAUACAUAUAUAUUAUGUAAUCGAGCUACAAACCAUGUGUCAGAUUUAAUUGUUUGUGCAAAUGGUACAAUGCGCUCUGUUUAAAUCAAGUAUUACUCAUUCAAAAAGCUUCCUACAAAAUAUUCACCUCAAAAUUUUCAUUUUUAAAACUUAUUUGGUGGAUUAUAUAUCAUUAAUAGUAUUAACAAAUUUAAUUUAAGCGUAAAAAAAUUAUGUUUUUUUUUUUCGCUCCAAUUUCUGGGCAAAAAUGCAUGACGUAAAAAAUUGGUUUGAUAAGAAUCAGUUUGUAUCGAACUAUUGGGCCAUUAACAGUUUCGAGCGGUAAGAAUAUACAUAUGGAUAUCAUUUGAUUUGUCUAGACAUAAUAAUGAGUUGGUAUUCAAUCCACCGGUCGACACAUUACCAAGAUACAGGCAUUUUUAGUUUAAAUAUAGGUGGUGCACAAUCUUCAUUGAUAUAAGCACUAAUAACAACACAAUCAAAAAUAUGCGACAUUGAAUUUAGCGCCAGGUGGAAAUAUUUCAACGAUUUUUAAAGUUUGGUUUGUUAGAUAAGUUUUAAUAAUAGUACAUUUAAUUAAGAUAUUUUUAUAAUGGAACUUUACAUCCAAAGCUUCAAGCAGUCUGGUAAUGUUGUUUUUAAUUGUAUUUAUACGUCAUAGCACCAAGUUUGGUGUUGUUAACAUGAACUACACUAAGACUCUACUAUAAAGCGAUUCGCUAUAAUGCGAGUUUCAAUAUAAGGCGCGAGUCAAUAGUCUCGAUUAACGUUACAGUGAAGCCAUUCAGUACAAUAUACGUCGUUUUAAUGAAGCUGCAUUGUAAUGUCUUUGAUGGGCAUUUAGAAGAUGAACAUAAAAACUUAUUACAUCAUACUUCCAUAUUUAUUUACUCAAAGUUUCAAAAACUUUAAACUCUUGAGUACCUCUGUCAGUACAUAUACUACUAUGUACCUAUUUGUUGAUGUACCAUUAUCUAAGUGGCAAUUUAAGAAUGACAAUAGAAUAGAUUAAGUAUAUACUGUUUAUGUAUUAAACUACUAACUGUUAACUGUUAUAAUUUCUAGUCCGUUUCCCUAUUUAAAAGCUUAUAAGAAAUAAGCCUUUGGUCCCUCUUUUCUUAAUGAAAUUAUUAGUGUAUUUGUUGCAAACUCAGUUUAGUUGCCGUGAAGCAUAUUUUUAAGCUUAUUCGGUUCAAUGCAAACAGUACCUUUAAGAUUUUAUCUAGUCUGUCAAAAACAUUUUUAAAUGUUUACAAUGAAAAGUAAACAAUGAAAUUUUGAAUUUUUUAGACAUGUCAUUGAGAAUUAUUUAUUUUAGAAACAUGAAUAGAAUUUGAUUUUGUUAACUUAACACAUAUUUUAUUCAAGGCCAUUACGUUCACAACUUGAUAACCCAAGCAUAUUUAAAGUCUGCAUGUACUUUAAAAAAUAUACGCCUCCACUAGAAUGUACCUAGUUUGAAUCCUGGUGUGGGACGAAAAUGUUUUACAAGCCCGGUUUUCAUUUGUCAGGGGUAGCGUAUGAGUUGCUGACAAGGAAAUGUUUGCAUGGUGCUCGGAAGAGACAAAAAACGACGUCCACAUUGGUGUGUAAA